ACGCACCAUUCUUCUUCACAUUGUGCUCAGCUUCACGCAGCCAUCUCAGCUUCCAGCUACUUUGGUCAAGGAGAACCCAGACCCUCUUGAAGACAUGGACCUCAACGGAACAUGGCAGGUUUACUCCCAGGAGAACUACGAGGAGUUCCUCAAAGCCUUGGAACUCCCAGAAGAUGUUAUCAAGAUAGCCAAGGACAUCAAACCUAUUACUGAGAUUAAGCAGACAGGCAAUGACUUUGUCAUCACUUCUAAGACACCUGGAAAAACCGUGACAAACUCCUUUACCAUCGGAAAAGAGGCUGAAAUUACCACCAUGGGUGGCAAGAAGCUAAAGUGCAUUGUCAAUUUGGAGGGAGGCAAACUGGUCUGCAAAACCGGCAAAUUCAGUCACAUACAGGAACUCAAAGGCGGAGAAAUGGUUGAGACUCUGACGGUGGGCUCAACAACUCUUAUCAGGAAGAGCAAAAAGAUUUAAAUCUGGGAGUGACAAAGAUACAAUGUCUAUUUAAAUAAAGAAAGGCUGUGUAAUGUG